AUGAAGAAUAAAACCAACAACAUCGUUGGGUCUCUUCCAAAGGAGAUGUUGUCAGAGAUUCUUAUGCAUGCGGCCUCCAAUUCAGUUAAUGAUUUCGUCAAUGUCAAGCUAAGUUGUAAGGCUUUUCUUGAAGCAUCAAACUAUGAUCAUAUCUUUGAGAAUGUUUCAAUGAAGAAACUCAGUUUCGUCCCAUGGCGUAAAAGCGAGAAACAUUUUUUAAAAAGAUGCAAAGAUGCCAGGAAUGCAGAAGCAUUAUACAGGAAAGGAAUGGUCAAUUAUUUUAGUCGAAGGAAUGCUGAGUCAGGUCUGCGUUACUUGAAGAAAGCAGUCGAAAAAGGUCAUGUCGAAGCUAUAUAUACGUAUGGUAUUAUCUUGAUAUGUUUGGGGGGUGAGCUAAGGAAACAAGGGCUUCAAGCUCUGUCUUCUUCCAAUCUCAUGACAAGUUGUAGCAAAAGAAGUUUCAAGAUUGCUAGCUGCCGUUCAAAAACAAAGAAGUUUCUGAGCAGCAUGUGGGUCUAUGUAUCGCUGGAUGAGCCAAAAGAAUAUUGUGUCAACAAUGCAAAAGUAGUGUGCUGCAAUUGUGAUGAUCAUGACGUUGCGCCAAGACCAAACUGUUUGAGUUCAGAAGGCCAGUCUUGGGAAGCAAGCAACAACCUAGUUGAUAACCUCCCUUGUUGUGACUCUUGCUUUUGGAACCGUGAAGCAGCUUUAUUUUGUAGUAUUCUUAGGAAAUUCCUAGUUAAUUAA